CUCUUUUAGUCAGUGUACAGAAAUACUCUCAAUGAAAGUACGCAAUAUGUUGUCUAUUAAAUAUAAAUUAUCAUUCACUUUCCAGCUUACUCUGUACAUUCUUUUAGUGGUUGGAGAUGAGGUGUUAUUAAAGGAUGAGAGCAUCGACCGUGGCGCUCACAGCGACCGCAGUGGUCUCUGGUUUGGUCCCCGACUUGGGAAACGAUCAUCUCCAACUGAAGAUGAGAGAGACCUCCUGCAAAGGCUGUUGGAAGCUGCCUCUAACCUCAAAUACGAAAGUGAUCUAUAUGAACGACAGCGGGAAACAGAUUCUAAAGAAGCAGAGGCACGACGGACAUGGCUAAGAAAAAUACCACCAGGAUUCUUCACCCCCCGGCCUGGUAGGAGUCAGAAAGAGAGGCAAGAACCUAGGAGAAGAUACAACAAUAAUGUCGACUUCACACCGAGACUCGGCCGCGGGCUCGAUGAAGACAUGACUAAUGAAGAACUUGCAAGAUAUUACGCUAUAAGAGCUAAUAUUAAUCCUGAUUUUACUCCUAGACUCGGUCGUCAGCUCGCUGGUUAUCCUGAUUCAGUGCGAGUGGCGCGGAGUGUAAACCGAACAAAAUCGUAAAAAGGACUAUAUGCGACUAAACAUUAGUAAUAUUUUGAAUUUUGUAUGUUUUGGACAAAGUUAUGAUAUGUAAUAAUUAAACUGAAGAUUGUAUACGUU